CGGCCUUGCGCCCUCGCCCACUCUUUGCCCAGGGGUGCCGGGCACCUGCGGGAAGGGCGGGGAAUCGCGGCUCCUUCCCCACCGCACCUCUCCGCCCUCUCCCCGCCUCCUUCCCGGCCGAUCGGAGGCCGCCCCCCCCCCGCCCCCGACGUCCAAGACCCCGCAGGCCUCGCCGCCCCAGGGCCAAGGUACCCCGACGGCUGACGCGCCGUAGCGAAAGUUAAGCGGGAGCCGCUCCCGGCCGGGACGCGGACCCUCGGGUUUCCCGGAAGCUCUGCGCGCGGGUGGCACCACUGUGCCCGGAGCCGCCUUGGUGCCCCGGGCAUCCCCACCCCGCGGCAAGAGCUAGAAGGCUACGCGGCGGCCGAGGCCUCUGAGUGCCAGUGGUGGUGUUGUCCCUUGUCACCUGGAACCCCAUGCAGCCGGAACCCAGGCCUAGCGGGGCUGGGGCCCGCACCCGAUUCCUUCCCCUGAGGUCACAGCGCCCUGAGGGGGCAGGGGACACGGUGAUGUACGCCUCCACCGAGUGCAAAGCCGAGGUGACGCCCUCCCAGCAUGGCAACCGCACCUUCAGCUACACGCUGGAGGACCACACCAAGCAGGCCUUCGGCAUUAUGAACGAGCUGCGGCUCAGCCAGCAGCUGUGUGAUGUCACACUGCAGGUCAAAUACGAGGACGCGCCAGCCGCCCAGUUCAUGGCUCACAAGGUGGUGCUGGCCUCAUCUAGCCCCGUCUUCAAGGCCAUGUUCACCAAUGGGCUACGGGAGCAGGGCAUGGAGGUGGUGUCCAUUGAGGGCAUCCACCCCAAGGUCAUGGAGCGCCUCAUUGAGUUUGCCUACACGGCCUCCAUCUCCAUGGGUGAGAAGUGCGUGCUCCACGUGAUGAACGGUGCCGUCAUGUACCAGAUCGACAGCGUCGUCCGCGCCUGCAGUGACUUCCUCGUGCAGCAGCUGGAUCCCAGCAACGCCAUUGGCAUUGCCAACUUCGCUGAACAGAUCGGCUGUGCCGAGCUGCACCAGCGCGCCCGCGAAUACAUCUAUAUGCACUUCGGAGAGGUGGCCAAGCAAGAGGAGUUCUUCAACCUGUCCCAUUGCCAGCUGGUGACACUCAUCAGCCGAGACGAUCUGAACGUGCGCUGCGAGUCCGAGGUCUUCCACGCCUGCAUCAACUGGGUCAAGUAUGACUGCGAGCAGCGGCGCUUCUACGUGCAGGCGCUGCUCCGUGCCGUGCGCUGCCACUCGCUCACACCCCACUUCCUGCAGAUGCAGCUGCAGAAGUGUGAGAUCUUGCAGUCGGACUCCCGCUGCAAGGACUACCUAGUCAAGAUCUUCCAGGAGCUCACCUUGCAUAAGCCCACGCAGGUGAUGCCCUGUCGGGCGCCCAAAGUCGGCCGGCUCAUCUACACCGCCGGCGGCUACUUCCGCCAGUCGCUCAGCUACCUGGAGGCCUACAACCCCAGUGACGGCACCUGGCUCCGACUGGCAGACCUGCAGGUGCCUCGUAGCGGCCUGGCCGGCUGCGUCGUGGGUGGGCUGCUGUAUGCUGUGGGUGGCCGGAACAACUCGCCCGACGGCAACACCGACUCCAAUGCCCUGGACUGCUAUAACCCCAUGACCAACCAGUGGUCGCCUUGUGCCCCCAUGAGUGUACCGCGCAAUCGGAUCGGGGUUGGGGUUAUCGAUGGCCACAUCUAUGCCGUUGGUGGCUCCCAUGGCUGCAUCCACCACAACAGUGUGGAGAGGUAUGAGCCAGAGCGGGACGAGUGGCACUUGGUGGCCCCAAUGCUGACUCGAAGGAUCGGGGUAGGGGUGGCUGUCCUCAACCGUUUGCUCUAUGCCGUCGGAGGCUUCGAUGGAACAAACCGCCUCAACUCAGCCGAGUGUUACUACCCAGAGAGAGAUGAGUGGCGAAUGAUCACACCCAUGAACACCAUCCGAAGUGGGGCAGGAGUCUGUGUCUUGCACAACUGCAUCUAUGCUGCGGGAGGCUACGAUGGUCAGGACCAGCUGAACAGCGUGGAGCGCUAUGACGUCGAGACAGAAACGUGGACUUUUGUAGCUCCCAUGAAGCAUCGGCGAAGCGCCCUGGGGAUUACUGUGCACCAGGGCAGGAUCUACGUUCUCGGAGGCUACGACGGUCACACGUUCCUGGACAGUGUGGAGUGUUACGACCCAGACACAGACACCUGGAGUGAGGUGACCCACAUGACAUCUGGCCGGAGCGGGGUGGGUGUUGCUGUCACCAUGGAGCCCUGCCGGAAGCAGAUCGACCAGCAGAACUGUACCUGUUGAGCCACUUGUGUUCUUGGGCAAAAAAAUGGUCUGAUUGAGAGUAUUGUUUUUGUACAAAAACAGGGACAAAAGAAAAGGCAGCAGUGCAAAUGCUUAUCCUCCAAGAUGGGAGGCUGAGAUGCCUCAGUGUUCAGAUGACAACUAGAAAGAAAAGAAGGCCACAGCAGAAACCCAUGAGCCUGUCAGAGUUGUCCCAGGAAUGUCCAAGAGAGCCUUCCUGGGAAGGGGGUCCAUGAAAGUCAGGCUCCCAGGAGAGAGGCCUCUGCACCCACUACUCUGAGAGUAGGCCUGGGUCCCAAACCAGCAGCUGCCACCUCCCUUUGGGGUGAAAACAGGUGCUGAGGUCAGGUGGGUUUUUUGUUCCUUGUGUCUUUGUGGUUGGUUCCUGGAGGCCUGGGAAGGAGCCAGCUGAGGCCUCUGGGGCGAGGCUCCUGUGGAGGUGUGGACCCCAGGGAUGGGCCUGUACAUAGAAACCACUGGAUAUCUCUGCCCUGGACAGUCAUUUUGUUGAUAAGUAACCCUAUAACUUUCCAAUGAAAAUAAAGAACAAACUAACUAGUGUCUUCCACCCGGGCUGUCAGCUGGAGAUCUCAAACCUGGGGACAGAAGGGACUCUUUGGAAAUGUACUCAAGUCCUUGAUUUUGAGUUUGAAUUUGAAACCAGUUCGUUAUCUCUGCCCAUGGCAUCUUGACAUGUAGGGCAUCUGUCUCCCCGUGGGCAAGCCACACAGGGCUCACUUUGUCACGUAGGGCUGCUUUGAAGACAAUGACCUAACUCCUUGACACCUCUCUUUUAGGUCUCCCUGGAGUUCUAUUUUCAGGCAAACCAUCCCCAACAUGCCUUUCAAAUCGGUGAAAAUCUAUCCGGUCAUUUUUAUGUGCUUCAGUUGCACAGACUGAGCCUUUUAUUUAGGUGCCAGGGUAUUAAAAGGACAAAAGGGGCUCUUGGGAAUUUUCUUAGGCAGAGGGCUCGCUGGAACCUGGUCUCUUCCGAACAAUCCCUGUGAAGGCAGUAUACGGCCUGGCUCUCUCCUUAAGGCAAUGAGCUAUUUGUACUGGGAGUGUGGAGCAAAGAGGAACGAAGUGUGGUCUCCGCUGUCAGGAAUGUCCCAGGCUCUCCCAAGGGGCUUAGCGAGGAGACGUUUGAUUCCUUCCUUUCCAGGGAAAACCUUAACCUCCCGUCUCACAGCUUCAUUCACUCAAGUCACCUGAAGGUUGUCUUGGUCGCGCCGCUUCCUUGGUCCUCUUCUAAGGUUUUAUUGGAACAAGAAAAUAAAUCUGCAUUGGGUGCAUUGAGUGGGUGGGGAAGGACUAAGAACUGAAAACAGUAUCUGGACAGCCUUUUAGCAUUUGCGGUUUUUUGCACAUUACUUGAUCCUCAAGAGUGCUGUGAGCUAGGAAGGCAAAGCCUGCGUUCUUUACAGAUCAGAGGUUCAGGGAAGUGACUUGCCCAAGGUCAUGUGGCCACAAAGUGGUAGGGUUUAGAUUCAACUCUAGUGGACACUAAGCAGCCACAGCGUGCGCUAACCCUGUGUAUGAGAAGGGACAGGAGGUCCUGUGGGAUCAGUGUGUCUAUCAGUGAAAGUUCCGGAAACAGCGAUCUAAUCUAGAGUCAAAAGGAAUUUGCAUGUAAUCCGGUUGCCAGAAGCCACACAGCCUAUCCCAGAGUGGUGUUUCCUUCUACAAGGGUUAGAACCCUGGUCUUGAGGUCAGGUUUCAACUGAUUCAGCAAAGCAAGGUGAACAGUUUCUUACCUGCAAAAAUGGUACUUGGACACCGACUGGGCAUGUAAACUUGCUGGACCAACAAAGGUGAGUAUCGACACUCCCUUUCUAACUCUGCAAAGACAGCUGUUGCGCUAGGUAUCAAAGGAGCUAGGGUCGUGAACAGGCCCCAGAUGAUCCCCGCCCUUGUGGAAAUUACAGCCUAGAAGAGGAGUAGGGUGACCAACUCGUCCUGGUUUUCCCCAGGACAGUCCCAGUUUGAACACUGAAAGGCUGGCAUCCCAGAACCCCUUAGCCUCCCAUCCCCCCACCCCGGGGUAAACUGGGGCACCUCCGCAGGGAAGCCAGAUGCUGAAGCAGUAUUACAACCGUGCUGAGUGACAGGCUGCUGCGGGUCAUGGUUAAGUUCCCAUUUGAAAGUCAAUGGCUCUGGAAGCUACAUGGGCAUAGGUGGCUGCCGACUGGAGUGUGUGGGAAAGGUGAAGCAGCUAUCGCAUUAGGCAGGUGAGAAGACACCAGUUCGGAUGAGGCUGUGGGAACAGAGGUCGAAUCCACAGUGAGGACUGAUGAGAUAAGGAGGGCAGAGAUUUCGGAAUGUUCCUGUGUGGCUUCAACCGUAAUCAGCAGCCAGGGGUAGAGAAGCUUUGAGGAGGCUGCAGGUAUAGAAGAGAAGUAACCAGGUUUGGGGAUGUGUCAGGUUUGAGGCCUCAAGGUAAAAUUGUUUUAGGAGGGUGUGAAGUCAUUUUUUCUAGCCUCCAGGCUUUAAUGCUUCCAACAAGUAGUUCUCAAAUGGCUGUUUUAUCAGACCUGAAGUGAGGUGUUCAGACACAGUGAGGAACAGGCAUGACACUCAGAGCUGGAAUUAAUGAUCACAAAAUACACAUGUAAUUAGGUUCAAAGGCAAGCCCUCUGAAGGCCAGGAACUUGACCUAGGUCAGAGGCUCUGAGAAACCAUUGUUGAGAUGGGGGUUUUCUCAUAGAAAUCCAAAGGAACUGAUAGUGUAAACUUGAUGAGGAAAGGAAGGGCAAGAUUCUGGAUGGAAGAAGCAUCACAUGCAAAGGUCCUGUGGCACUGGGAAGCAAUCUAGGUGAACUCUGAGAGGGAGGAGGAACAUGGUGUCAGAAGAGGCCCUGUGGGCCAUGCUCAUUUCUCUUUGUUAAAUACCUAAGUAUUACCUUUAAAAAAUUGAACAUUAUAGAUAAAGCUGAAAUCUUACUAUUUCUCCAUUCCAGCCCCCUCUCAACUUAAAACAAACUGCAGAAAUGUUCUAUGUAUUUCCUUACAAAAAUGGUAUAAUGUUGCCUGUAUAAUUCUGCAAUUUGCUUUUCCCCCUCAGACUUCUAGAUCUUUUUGUCUGUGACGUCACAUUCCUUUUGCCGGGUACUAUGUUCUGUUUUAUCUUUUCCAGUACCUACAAUGUUAGGUCUUUUCAUUUCUCAGAAUUACGGAUAAGGCUGAAAUGCCUCCUCUUAACCAUGUCUCCUUGGGCACAAAUGUGUGUAUUUCUCCAGGGGGAUACUAAGAGGUGGAACUUACUAGAUCUUAGGGUAAGCACAGCUUUCCUUAUAUCCUGCCAGAUUCCUCUCCAAAGUGGUUGUAACAAACCACAUUCUUACUGCUUCUAGGAGCUCUUUAUAGAUUUCACACAGUUGAAUUUAUCACUCUUCCUUGAUGUUUUGUCUCUUCUGUGUCAUAUUUGAGGACUUUUGCAUUUCCCGUGGCUUCCUACCCAUUUGUUAAGUUGUUGUCUCCUGCCCAUACAUUGUUUCUGCUUAAGGUAACCAGACUCGGUUUUUGUUGGUUCUGUUAAAACCAAGAAUCCUGACUAAUAGAGACACCAGAAAAUUUUUGUGCUGUUUUUCCUUCAGAUAUGAUUGUUUUGUUUUUGAACCAUUUUUAAAUCUAACAGGAAUUUGUUGGUAUAUAUAGUAUCGAGUAGGAAUUUAAUUUUUUGCAUGGAUAGCUAUCGCUGCUCAACCAUUUAUUUUUCAAACCAUUUCUUGACUAAUUAAUUCUUUAUCCAUAGUUCUUAAAUGCUAUCCCAAUCAUACACAGACUUCUCAUGUAUGUGUGGGACCUCUAUUCUGUUAUAUCAGAUUACUACUGUUUUACCUAACUAUCCAUUUUUGCAUCAAUUUCAUCAUUUAAAUUACUGAAGUUUUAUAACAUGUCUUAAUAUCAGAGUAAAUCCCUCUCCCUUUUCUAUUUUUUUUUAACAAAAAAAC